CCGUGUGUGGGAGCGUUCUAGUUGCGUCGCAUUGUAGAUGAGCUGUGACGUGCACACUGCAAGCUCAAACUCUGGCCGAUCAGGAAGAGGAGUUUGUGAGAGUUUUACCACAGCCUAGAGUUACAUUUUAAAAAUUAAAUUAAAUUACAUCUAAAUUUGUCAAAGCGACAGGAGCCGACGCAAACAUGUCUGUUGCCGGACUAAGGAAACAGUUUUAUAAAGCGAGUCAGAUGAUGAGUGAGAAGGUGGGGGGUGCAGAAGGAACCAAACUGGACGAGGACUUCAAAGACCUUGAGAGGAAGGCUGAGGUCACCAGUAAAGCCAUAUCAGAUGUGCUCUGCAAAACUGCUGAAUACCUGCAGCCAAACCCAGCAUCAAGAGCGAGGCUGACCAUGUUGAACACCAUGUCUAAAAUGCGGGGACAGGUGAAGAGCCCAGGCUACCCUCAGGCAGAAGGCCUUCUGGGAGAGUGUAUGCUCAAAUACGGCCGAGACAUGGGAGAAGACACCAACUUUGGUGGUGCUUUAGUGGAGAUGGGAGACGCCAUGAAGAGACUGGCAGAAGUGAAAGACUCUCUAGACAUUGAUGUCAAACAGAACUUCAUCGACCCUUUCCAAACUAUAGUCGACAAGGACCUGAAAGACAUAGAGCAUCAUCUGAAAAAACUGGAGGGCCGUCGGCUGGAUUACGACUACAAGAAGAAGCGUCAGGGGAAGAUUCCGGAUGAGGAGGUCAGGCUAGCAGCAGAGAAGUUCAAAGAGUCCAAAGAAUUGGCUGAAACCAGCAUGCAGAACCUUCUGGAUACGGACGUGGAGCAGGUGAGUCAGCUCACAGCUUUGGUCGAAUCCCAGCUGCAGUUUCACAGACAGUCUGUGGAGGUCCUGGAGGAGCUGGCACAGAGAAUGAGAGAGAGAGUAAACGAGGCCGAAUCUCAGCCACGGCAGAAACGGAUGCCUGCCUCCAAACCCAGUUUUGAUUGCUUGGAGUCAGAAGACUCUGACGGAGGCUGGAGUCCGUCAGCUGCACCGUCAUCACACGCGUCCACAGCGGCCCACUCUUAUAACAGCCCAUCUUCCCGUCAGAAACGCAGAAUGACAGAUCAGCCGUGCUGCAAGGCAUUGUAUGACUUUGAAGCGGAGAACGAAGGAGAGCUUUGCUUCUACGAGGGUGACGUCAUCACGCUGACCAAUCAAAUAGACGAGAACUGGUUCGAGGGAACCGUACACGGGCAGACCGGAUUGUUCCCCUGCAACUACGUAGAGGUUAUGGUGCCGCUGCGGCACUGAUCUCACACAAAACAGGAAGAGGAAGUGCAAUUCCAGGUACAGGACAGGGAAUAGGGGGACAAUUUUGACACUUUGACCUCCUGAAAGAAAUGCUGGAAUAAUAUACAGUACGAGUUUGAAUGAUUAUUUGUUACUUAGGCUUCAGGUCAAGAGUUUUAGUUCAUCAUAGAAAACUCUAGCAUUCCCCAAAGUACAAUAAACAUCAUUGAGAAGAUGUCAAAGAUAAAUCUGUUUUGUAAGAGUUCAUUCAAAUGGAUUUUAUUUUCAUAUUCAGUUUCCUAUACUGAUGUUACAAAGAAGUGUCUUCUGUUGGUAAUCUCUGACCUCUAGUGGCCACAAUUAUGUAUAACACCUUAUUAUGCAUUAAUUACUCAUUCAAAGUUGAUUCUAACAACAAAACAAAAAGGAAGGUCAACAGAAAAAUAAAGCGGUUUCUUUACAUGACAGUCAACAGGGAUGGCUUAUUCAAAUAGAAAUAAAAUUUUAGUGUCUCACCCUCAUGCUGUUCCAAAUGCGAACCAGAAGUACCAGUUUAUGUUUAUGUACACAACAGUCAUUUUUACUUUUAUUUUCUGCAUGAUUCCAUCCCUCGCUCUCUUUUCUAGAAAGGGGAACCUUUACAAAUCUCCUUCUGAACUGUUCUUGUGUUUCUGAGAACUAUAGUAGGACACACACAAUCAGAAACCUCAGCUUACAGAUAUUAAAGUUCCACAUGGGUGAGUUCUUGAAAAUGGAAAUUAAGUGCGUGAACCACUUUUGUUAUUGUUUUUUUGUUAUUGUUCGUUGUUGUUGUUUUUUUUGUUUUUUUUUUAAGUCCAGGUUUUUUUCCUUCUGGGUUAUUAUGGCUUUAAUCUGUUCCCACUUCCUCAAAGAGGGAAAUGCGAAGUUCCUCUAACCACUGAUCUUGGUUCAGUUUCUAUUUCUCAGGGAAAAGGUUCGUCUGCUGUAAUCCUCUGUACAGAGAAACUCACUGGGAUUCAUUUAUAAUACUCAACAUGUUUUGUUCUGAACAUUCUUGCCUAAAGUGCAGACCACUGAAAUCUGUUGCCUUGCAUAAACCGUACCAAACAAAUGUUUACAUGGUUCCUAUAUCUUUGUAUUUGUGAAUUUUCCUCAUCUUUUCAAUGCAAUAACGAUAUUCAACUUUCUACUACUUUAUUUUGAAGAAACCGUCUAUAAUCACUGCAAAUAUCAAUUACAUAUUUCAAAUUUUUUUUUUAAGGACAAUGUUAGAAUGACAGUCAUAUGCCAUAGUUUUAGAUGACAAAAGGAAAGAUUUGACUGGUUUAGAUUAUCUAGCAUUUUGGAUCGGUUUAUAUUUCAGAUUUGGUUUUGUUUUGUUUUUAACCCCAAACCAUUCCUGGGAUCUUGACAAGGGAAUGGUGAAAACUGGGAUCAGGUUGUAAUCAGUGUAGAGUUACUGUAGUGAAAAAAGUAGAAAAUCAGAGCUGUUGGAAAGCAUAAUGAUCAAUGUUGUGCAUCAUAAUUGGUACGUACUGUAGAUCAGGAUAUACCACAGCAUGUUCAGAAAGAAUGAUUUCACCCAUCACCUCCUUCAAUGUGCCUUUUUACUCUUUUAUUCAUGUGAUCACAGGUACAUUAGUCAGCAGAUCUGAUUUCAUGUUAUUCAGUAGUUUCAUGCCGAAAGGAACCAGUGUGAUGAGUUUUUGUGAAGUAUAAACGUCAUUGUGUUUGGGGUUGAGGGAUGCUGGUCCUAGGUUUCAGGUUCGAGUCUUGUUCUGGUAACUCUGUUUUACCUCGUACUGUAGUACUGUACUCUCAGCCUCUUACAUGUGCUCUGAUGUUGCUGACACUACACUGGAAAGUAAUCAUAUUCUGUUAUGUGUAGAAUGUAUUAAAUGGAAUGGAAACCUUGUUUGUGCCUCUAUUGUCCCUGGUUAACCUUGUUCGACCUCAAAUCUAAAAAAAUAUAUAUUUUUAGAAAGUGUUUCAGAAAGAAUGCUUCUUUGAAUCAGUAUUUCCUGCAUAAUCCAUUUGUGAUUUAUGUUUUGUUAUGAAAAUGUGCAGGGAUAAGAGAACAUUGUAUAUUUUAAUUUUAAAUAAAGGUGGAAAACUA